UGAGCAGGAAUAUAUUAUUGCCUUACCAACCGGGUCAAACGUAACAUUAUGAAACCCAUUGACGUCCUCGCAACUUCUUGAAGUUGUCACUUCAAAAAACGAUGCCUCGUUGACCCUCUGCAUGCACAGUAAACUUAUAUUGCAAAUAGGUUUUUAAAAUUCUUAUAUUAAAAGUCUAGAGUCAUUAUAUUAAAUUCUUAUUUUAAAAUUCUUAUAUUUAAAGUCUAAAUUCAUUAGCUGCGUAUCGAAAAGUGUCCAAAACCUGCACCAGACAUCUUCGCAAAAAGAGAUGCGUGUAGUGAAUGUGAGAAGCAUUUAUUCAGCUUGGAUGUUGUAGUCACGAUCGACCGUGUUUUGAGCGAAUUUUAUGAAUGAACAAACUCAAAACAAUAGACAGAGAAGCAGUUUCUUGAAAAUUUUUAUUCAAAAUCCAAAAAGUUAAUCCUUUAAAGCAAUUCGGAAAACACUAUCUGGAUCGUGGAUCCGUUCACGCAAGUGAAAUCGGCUGAGCACAUGGCAAAAUUCAACACAAAAUCCAUCUCAAAUCGGGGCUCAUUUUGUAAUUUUUCUUUACCGCUGAAGAGAAAAAUUUAUAAAACGUCUAUGAAACAUUUAAAAAUACAUAAAUUCCCUUUCAAAAACGUAAUUGUUUUGGCCAUAGAGUGCAAAAUGUACCUGAAAAUUCAGCAAUAACUUCACUGCCUUUGUUGCAUUUCAAGGCAGACCAUGCGCUCCGUCGUGACGAAAACAAGGUUGAAUUCCUCGAAGGACGAUUUCUUGAUGAAAAGCUUCCCUUCCUCCACAAAAAGAAAGCUGAGCAUUCUUUUGAACUUUCUCUUUCCAUUUUUUGUCUUUUAACGGUGUAUUUUUAACCCUGAAAUGCAGAAAUCUUGUCUUAAAACAGCUGCAUGGUGAUCGCGCGGCAGCCAUUUUGUUGAAAAUGGCUAUCUGUCAUUAAGGUUUCCAAGUAUGGUAAAAGUGAAUAUUCACGAGCAUUGAACGCGAGUUACACGUUUCAACCCCUUAUGAGUUUCUGAUAUAACUUAUAUAUAUUUUUAUAGCUCUUGUAGGGACAGUUCUUCAAAAGGAAUUGUGAUUCAUUCCUAUGGAGGCCCGUUCUGGUUAAAAUUAAUAUAAUAAAAUGGCAUCCAAUAUCAUAAGUGACAUUUUUGGCCAGUGCAGCAUUUAUUAUGGACCCGUUGUGUAUUUUUGUCAUCACUACACAGGAUUUCCUCCCUGAAAAUGUUUCGCCUUGGCAUUCUCUUUGAAAGCACUCCUCCACUUUAAAGUUUUCCGAAUGGUCGCCCAAGGAAGUCAAAGACUCGAAUCAGUCCGCUUCAACUGCAAGGCCCUCAAAGCAUUGUAGGCCCAAAAAUAAAUUCGUGAUACCGCGAAAAAUAAUUAUCAGCACGAUGAAAAAAUAAUUCUCAAUACUAGUAUUAAAAAUAAUUCGCAGUACCACUAAAAAAAUAAUUUGUGAUACGCAUGAAAAAUUUAUUCAUAUAACAACAUAAAAAAAAGUAAACAGCCUUAAUAAAAAUAAUUCAUGCAGCUAAAAAAAUUAACAACACACUAAAAAAAUCCUGUGUAGUGAUGACAAAAAUACACAACGGGUCCAUAAUAAAUGCUGCACUGGCCAAAAAAGUCACUUGUGAUGCCAUUUUAUUAUAUUAAUUUUGACUAGAACGGGCCUCCAUACAUUCCUGUAUUUGAAACAUUCUAUACAAAAGAACAUUCAACUUAGUCUUUCAGGCUUAUUUAUGAACAGGUCAUAUAAAUAAAGUAACGUGAGACUAUAAUUUGCGUUUCUAAAUAAAAAACUUUUUCACCGGUUUCAUCGAUAAAUUUAGGUUAAACAGCCAAGCUUUACCUGUAAAAACUUCCAAAUCAAAUUUCUUCGCCUUCCUCGUGUAUUUCGGGAACUGCUCUUCGAUUAUUUGUGAAAUUUUCCAUAUUUUUAGUCAACGAUAACUGGUUAUGAAGAAUUAGCGGGGGAUUUUGAGCCAAUCAGAAAGGAAGAAAUAUUUUGAACAAGAGAUUAGUUGGCGCCAAUGCCGCAAAGGUUAUUUUUGUUUAUUGAAUUCCCGUGAUCGCGCGGUCUACUCACACGUGAACGUGACAUGUUUCGCCGCCAAACAUUCGAAGUUUGACAGCCGUGAUAGCAAAGUUGUUAAUUUGUUUUUUUAUCAGUGCGUUCAGCUCAUUAUGUAUGAAAGACUUUCAUAGGACUGCAUUAUUGGAGUCAAAAUUCCACUUUGAGAUUAAAAGAUUGAUAUUUUUUAACGGUCGCCUCAUUCGAAGUAACGAAUUUGAUUUCUGACACACCAUAAACCAAAGGCAAAGUUUACAUAUGCAUGUUUGUAUAUAUUAUAAAGAGCAUACCUGUAAUGACAAGUUCUUGAUGUGCUUGGUUUUAGUGUCGAAGAAGAUUAACAAAAGCAAAAAUAGAGAGACAGAGACCCAUUUGUAGGAAUUUAGCAGUUCCGGCGGGGAACCCUGGAGUCAUAGAGGAGUUUGUAUGUGUCGAGACGACGUCCGCUGUGCCCUUUAGCAGCCAUAUUAUAAAAUCACUGGGGAAUUUCGUAGGUAUUAAUUUUGUUUCGUUAUUUAUGUAAGAUAUUUAUCAGGCAAGCCGCAUAAACGUAUCCAAACAACUGACCAAGAAACGCCUCCGGCUCACCACAGUCAGUCAGGCAGUCGUACUAAGAUAUAUUCCACCCGUCUAAUAUGAGGGACCAAAUUGUUCUAGAUAUCAGUUAUUUUGAUCGUACAUGAAAGUUGACCAAAAAAUAACAUUUGCCAACAUGUUACGGCAGAAUGUAAUUUCUUUCUUGCUACUGGAUAAAACCACAAACAUAUCGAUUAAGACUUUUUAUCUAUGACAGGGUUUAUGACACUGAGUUGCUUUGAACAUUCGCUCAAACAACAGUUGAAGAUAGAGGUGAACCUACUGGUAAACCGUCAGGUACAGCUGAAACAGGAAUGCAAACCACGUUCGCAAAACAAUCUGUAUAUCGCCAGAAACGUUACAGACCCUUUUACAAGAGUUCAAACAACUUACAUAUUUUUUUGGUGUCUUCAAUAUCCAACAUAGAAGCGGCUUCACGGUAGCAAAAGCACGUGACUCAUACAGCUAUUUCUAGGAAGGUUGUCAGAUAAAGUGCACGCGACAAUUCCGAAAGGUAUUGUGGGUGGGUUUGAGUUCACUGUUUUUUAAAGAAAUUUGAACGAUUGGUAUGGGAGGCCAUGGACAUAUGUCUGCGACUGCUAAAGGAGAGCAACAAAAGUAGGUUCGACAGCUACAGUGUCAGGAACAGUGUAUUUAGCAUAUCCCGUAUUACCUUUCGGGAUUGCCGCGUGCAUAUUUUAUCCGACAACCUUUCUCGAAAUAGCUGUAUACAGAUACUCAGAUACAGUAAAACCUCGGUAACUCGAAUUCUCAAGGGAAAAGAAAAACAGUUCAUGUUAUCGGAUCAAUUGAAUAUUCAUUUUGCCAUGUUAAUAACCAAUUGUUUACUGAUUUUUUAGCACUUCCGUAUACAGUACAGUGCAAAUUUAACUUAACUCAUCAGAAACUGUUACACAUGAUCCGUUAUGACAAUAAAUGUCAAAUUCGCGAACUGAUUGUCGCACUAAUUAAAAUCAAAUUGCUGUAGUGUUAGUUUUAAAAGCUAAUGGGAUAGUAUAGGUGGUGAGUUGCAAGAACCAGAAUUCAAGUUAUCGGGGUGAAUUUUGAGUAAGCGAAACGAAAGUUAGUUCGAGUUUGCGGGAAUUCGAGUUAUCCGAGUUCGAGUUAGGGCGAUUUUCGAUUUUCGGGUUUUCUUUGGCGAGAAAACGAAGAGGCCAUGUUUUGAUCUUUUCAUCCAUGGCUGAUAAAACAAAUAUAAUGAACACUUAUCGAAACCAUUUUUCAAGGUCAUACGAAAAUCGCUCUAACCAAUGCAAGUGAAAAUGAUUGAAAAGUGGGGUGAAAUGCAAGUGAAAUGGGAUUUUCACUUAGUUCGAUCGAGUUACCGGGGUUCUACUGUACGUAUUCAUUGUUUGGCUGUCAUAUGAUUUCCGGUCGCGUGAUGUUCUCAAAAGGUGUAGGGCGCAACUAAAAGAAUAAAACCAUCCGCAACGGUUGCAUUAUAAGACAGUUCUGCUCACUGGGUAUUUGCUAUGACUUCUCUUGCUCAGUCAACUGCUAUUAAACUCAGUGAUUCUUAAACCUUUUUCCUGCAGACCAAUAUUACUGUUACUCCACAUGCCCUUUCGUGUUGUUCUUAAAGGAGAAAUUCAGUGAGUGGCUUUUUAUUGUACUUCACUGCAUUGUGUGCGUCUCGCCGUCUUCCGUUGAACCAACUGUGGAGGAGUACUUGAUUCUCAUCCUCUUCUGUGGCAUGACACUCAACGAAUACCAACAAUACAAAAAAUCACCUGUGAAGUAUUUCAAGUAAGAUAGCUAGCAAACGUUACCAUCAUUAUUAAUUUAUUCGUAGUUUAUAUAAUUAUGCACUGCUGACACUGUCUUAAUUUGAUCGGCUACGGGCAUACUGCUAAUUCCAGCUGGUGCUAGUUUCCUCAGACAAUAGCUUUUAUUCCCAUAGAAGAAACGUCAUUCUUGCUCACAAUAGUUUUCGAAAAUGCGAAGGUGAUGUCACUUUGCUGAUAUAAAGAAUCCAAAGCUAGAGUGUUGGUCCUUAAAGAUCUUUCAACAAUACUUUGCGAAAGUUAAGAUACUUUCGCUUCUUAAUAUGGACUAAAAGAAAAUUUGUUAAAAUGCUCUGCAAGGUUACCGAGUGUGCGAAAGUUCACAAAAAUUGCAGGCUUAAAACGUUGUAUGCAAGUUGAUGUGUCGUUGAAUGUUUGUUUUUUGUGUGCGUUUGGAUUGACAGCGCUCAAACACAAUUCGGUCAGUUUCCGUGUGAUGUUGUGAAUUAUAAAGGCCUUGGAGUUAUCCGCCUCUACCUUUUCGUAAGGCUUACAUUCUCUUCUCUAAACACGUGAGCAAUCCGUUUAAGGCACAGCACAUCGCUGAUAUCCUCCAUAAAUCUAGGUAUCUUUUAAAAACUGAAUUGAAUCCAUUGUAUGAUUAUAAUUCUUCUGGACGGUAUGUACCGAUGCUAUUUCGGAUGUAUCAUCUCAAGCAAAGUAAUGUAAAAUUGAAUGGAAUACGACAGUGAAUAAGAGAGAAAGGGCUCAUCUGUACAAAACAAAAACUGGGAAAAGUCAAUGCAAUGUUAAAAAAAUGAAACUGCACAUAUUUAUGACUGGAAGGGACCAAAUAUCGUGAAUACUCUGUAAGCUUUUGUUGCCCAUUUUUAUUGUAUGUGCUUUUUAUGAAGGGUUGUACUUAAUAAUAAUUGCGGGGCUCCAACGAGCGGUUCCCCAUUACUAAGAAAAUUUGGUAAUCUAUCCAUCCGAGAAAAUUUGGUUACGACGUCAGCGUACGCCAGCCCGCUCGGACGUCCACCACAUGUAAGCCGAUGUCAAGUGUUACAUUAGAUCUUGCACAAAUUGACACUAGCCAGGCUGUUAAAUAAGCUGUCCGUAUGAAGAUGAAUUGACAGCUGUCAAAAUCAGGCAUCCACUGACGAAUAUCACAUGGCUAUCUCGCGGGCUCAGAAGAAAGACCGGUCGUUUUGCGCCUACAUGUAAGAUGAUGUAAUAUGUCACACUUAAUAACAAUCAUAAAAAUGAAACUGCUCUUUCACCGGGCAGGGUUGUCAGUCGGCUAUCAGUAGUUUAAAGUUAUAUGCGCAAACCAAAUCAAGGUCAAUUGACAGCUGUCAAAAUGGGACAUCUGCAGACCACUAGCACAAAACUAAUUAUGUGGGCUCGGUUACACGACCCAUCAUUUCGCCCCCACAACAAGCCGGAGUGACAUGUCUUACUCACACUAAGCUGUCAUAUUCGCAGUCCGUUUAUUCCAAUAUUCGCCAUCCUUAUGAAGGUCAAUUGACAGCUGUCAAACUAGAGCAUUCACUGACUAUCAUCGCCCGACUGCAUCGCGGCCUCAUUUUUCUACCCGUUGAGGUCACGUAUUUUUUGGAAUUUUUCCGCUGAUAUCAAAUGUUCAAUUCUGUAUUUUUAGAGCGGGAAACUCACAUCAGGCGACACAUCAGUUUACUUGUAUGCUUGGUUUGUGAAUAAUCUAAAUGACUGAAAGAGUAUAUUUAUUGUCAUUUAAAACGUUGGUCCCGUCAGGAGUAUGUUCUCGUUCUAAUGAACAAAUUAUUUGACGAGGAAAGGGCAACGAAAAUUACACAGAAGAUCUCGGAAAACAGCAGCAAACUUUCACGUGGUUUCACAGAGCGGCGCCGGCCAUUAAACAACCGAAAAACAACACAUUACGGGACGAAAACAGAUAGCAUAUUUGAGUUUCAGCCGUGAAAUUCAUUAUUACAUCAGUCAGUAAUGGCAGUUUAAUGCUUAUGGAUACUUAAAGCCGCAUAAAAGCAGAGGAUUUAUUAGUUUGUUCUUGUACAUGGACGGCUUCGUUCAUUUAUCACUGUGACUAUUGCAAUAAAAUUUUACUUUUGAUUUUUAUCCUCUUCGGUUAUGCUAGGUUUCCAAAGUCUUCUUUGUUUGAAUUCUCUGUUUCUUUCUCGGUUUUGUUUUCUUCGUAAUCGCCUUUCUAUGUUUUUUCUUGUGUUAUAGAAACGCGUGAAGCUGGAAUUUUGUCCCGCAACUAUUACGGGGGGUGACAGCUCUAACAAGGGCUGUUUCGGGAGAAAAACAAAUUUAUUCCGGGAAUCUGGAGAUUUUGCCGGAAAUCGGGAAACCUGGGAAAUUUUUCUGGAAAUAUGAGAUAUUUUCGGGACAUUGAGCAAAGACUUGAUAUUACAUGUUAUCAAACAAUAUAUAUGCAGUGAUAUGCACCCAGUGUAUGCGCUGUAUUCUAUGUAUUUUGACUCCUGAAAACGGCUGAUCUCCCCAUGAUAUGAAAAGACCAAUCAGCAACGUUUCCAACUAAAAUAGCAUGAAGUUCGAGUGCGAUUGACCGCGUGCAAUCCCCAGCGUAUUGACACAAGAACCGUACCGGUGCAAGGCACAUACUAUCAGCUCACACUAGGUCCCAUCAUUCAUUAGUUCAGGGGUAUUUUUACGCUGCACGUUAACGAGUUUUAAGAGCACAUUCCACUAAUUGCCUACUGGAAAACUUGAAAGAAGUACGUAAGAAGUAUGUAAGAAAAAAACGAAACGCAUUCAUGAACCUUGUUAAACACAAAUGAGGCCAUAAAUAGUAGUUAUAUCUGUGAAGACUCUUUAAUCAUCCUGAUCUCGUCGGGGUCCGCUUCCGAUUUUGCUCGAAAAUCCCGAAUUCUCGAUCAGUAUGCGUUUGGGAGAGGAAAAUUUCAGAUUUCGACUGUUGUUCUGAAAUUUUCAAAUGAAUUCUUAUGAUACUCAUACAAUGACACCACACAGAGUAUACUUAGGUGAAAGUGAUAUCCAGAGCAAUUUCAAAAACCGCACAACUUGUCUAAAAUAAAAUUGACUACUUCUACGCGAAGUCACGCCAAUAAAAAUAAGCAUAAAAAGGACAAUCGAUUUAGAGAACAUUUUGGACAGAAUUUGUCCUCUCAGAACACUAGAAAUGGCGUUUCCGAGCUCCAAGAUUUCAAAAUUUUCUGGGGGAGUAUGCCCCCAGACCUCUUAGUGGUUGGCCCCUUCAUUGCUCGCCUGAUUUAGGGGCGAUUAAAAAACAAAAAAACACGAGUUUGACAGUCUUUCUCUUUUAACAUGAUACCCUCUAAACGAAAAAAUAACUAAGGUUAGAUAAUUAACAAGUUACAUAAUUAACAAGAAGCUGCAAAAAAUCUCUAAUCAAAAUUUUAAUUUUAAUUGUUAAAACAAUUUUGGGAGGUUAAACAUUUAUGGGGAAAGUUAUUCAUAGGACUGCCCAAACAGCCUUUGUUAGAGUUGUCACCCCCCGUAACUAUUGUUAAGUUUAUCUGUUUGCCGAAACGAAAAAGUUUCGUAGCUCUAGCGAACGAUUGUUCGAGAUUAUAGUAUUUGAGGCUUUUAAUUGCUUUACUCAUUAUCGGCGUUUUGUUUCUUACGCUUACCUGACAGUGUAAUGGUAAGAGGCUCUUACUAUUACACUGUCAGGUCAAGUGCUCAAAUCGCGCUGAAACUUCGCAAAAACAAAGACAACGACACCACGGAACAAUCUUUUACACUUUACUGAUAAAUUUUAUCGCUUUUAGUUCAUUCUUGUCAUCUAAGUUUUAUUUCCCAUACAAACUCACAUAUUACGCUUGGGCCACCUGUAAAUAUUGAUCACAACUCUCCCAAUCUAGGGAAAGAACUCAGAAAACAACAUCCAAACAUGCUCUCCAAUUAUUCAAGAAGAGGCAUAAUAAGCCAAUAGAAUAGAUUGAGACCGCAAUUUUUGCCUUUAAAAUGAGUAUGAGUUUUGAACGUCGUAGUGAUUUAGCAACACAACGGUAACGUCAGUUGACGACAGCGCGCGCAAAUUGAGAACCGGAAGUCACGUUUAGUCCUCUCCACGCGCUUUCCCGUCGUCAGCUGACGUUCCUGUUCUGUUGCUAAAUGUGCAGUUUUCUGAUUAAAACGUUUUUUUUUUCAAAAUUGUGAUUGCGUGAUCAGCGUGUGCAACCACACAAAAUUGAUGUAAACAAAUAGCAUAAAUGAAAAACGACUUUUAAACAAUUUUUACCUUUUAUACUGUUAACUAGCUAUUUUCUGUUGGAUUGUAAUGUUGCUUUGAAUAAAUUUAGUUUUGCCUCCUAAAAUUAACAUUUCAAUCAACUGUUCUGUCCUUUGUUUGAACAAUAUUUCAGCCUUCUUCGUUUUCUAUUCAAAACCCAGUAAGAUGCAAUAAUAUAAUACGGCGAUCAAUUCGAAACUUUAAUGGUCCACAACCUCAGUAAGAUUCCUCCCGCCCCACAAAGGGGGCUGUUUAAAUUUUUCAGGUAAAGCUGAGUCCACUUUCAGGUUCGGUAUAACAGAAGACUUUGAGCUCGAUGUCCUCGAUGACCAGAGAUUCUAUUCAUUUUAGAUGUGUUUGCGGGAUAUUUCAUUCUUAAUCCACUGAAACCCUUCGUCAAAAGGUAAAUGGAAGGCUCCAAAAGUCAAGUAGGGAUUUGAGUAUUUCUUUGUCAUGGCUUAAGUUGAUAAGUUUAAAGUUUGUUGCUUUUAUUAGAAGUAUAUAUAUCGAAGCUUCGCUUUUAGCCCUGGCUAUAUCUAUAUAUUAUUAAUAAUAACAAUGAUAAUGGCGAUGAUGAUAAUAAUUGUAAUAAUAGUAAUAAUAAUUAUGAUUAUUAUAAUAAUAACAAUCUUUAUUCGAUAGAUAAAGACCAUUGAAAGGUACAAACAUCACAUUCAUCUCUGGGGAAUGAUGCAAUGAAUAAGAAAACAUUAAUUAAACUGAAUCAUAUUACUAAAUUUUAUUUAAAGUAUAGCCUACUUUCAAAGUAAUUCUUGAAGAGCUCAGCGUUAAUCAAAGAAAUUUGAUAUGUUUUUCUACGAAGCCACUUAGAUGAAUACUUUACAGUCGGUGAAGUGGAAUUCAAGCGUACUGUUCAUAAGCCUUUCAUCACACUUUCUUAAAGAUCGUAAAUGACCUUAUUGCUCUUUGCAUUGUCACAGGGACAUGUGGAACUAUUUGGACGUCAUCAUUGAAAUUAUUUACAUCUUAACAGUUAUCCUUCGAAUCACGACCAUCGCCCGUGGUGGAGUUCCUUACAACAACCGGUUGUUGGAGAUUAGCAAUUACCUUUACGGUAUUAACACCUUAUUGAUGGUUCUUCGUGUUUCUAGUAUUCUCGAACUGAAUCAAGUUGCGGGUCCAUUGCAAUUGGCCUUAAACCGUAUGCUGGGAGAUCUGCUGAUCAUUCUCAGUCAGUUUUUUUUCGUCAUCGUGGGAUUUUCCUUAGCUAUCACGAAGAGUUACAAUGCUGAGAGGUCAUAUUUACGUCCACAUAGCAACCAUUCUGGAACACGUGUGGGAAAAUCUGUGGGGUGAGUGUUUUGAUCCAUAUGCUCCUUUUAUAUUGUUAGUUUAACAAAGAUUUCUUGCCAAGGACGAACAAAGGGAAAAGGUAACUAACCCUUAUUUUUCAUGGGAAAACUCUUACGUAACUUUUGCACCUUAUUUAUUAUUAUUUUGCCACACACAAUGAAUUACAAGCAGAAUAAAAGCGAUAAUAAAUAGGUUAAUUAACAUUAAAUUUAAAAUUUGUACAUUACUUGGGAGGAGUGACUGUGGCGGGGAAAUCUCCGAGAACCCGAGCAUAUGGGGAAUAGAGAUUUCCCCCCACGGGCAAUUUAAAUACUAGGCGGCAUUUUAAGAAAUAAAGAAAAAGGUCGUUUAUUUAAGUAUAUAAGUGUGUUUAGAGGAAAAUAUAGAUAUAAGGUGUUAAGGUAUUUAGGUUGCAUUCUGUCUGACCCUUAAAAAUGGUUUGAUCACUAGUUUAAGGGGUAAUUGUACAUCGUCUUCCUCAAGACUACCACGUUUUGAUUCAGAGGACGUCUUUGAGCGUGUUGCCGCUAUGAUUAUGCAAAUUUGCCUCAUGAGUAGUGUAAACAAGAAGCUUGAGAAAGCUUAAUCCGAGUGAGAUCCAAAUAAACAACAAUUUUCCACGGUCUAUACUCUUAUGACCACAGAAAGGACGUCAAAAUGUUCAAAACUCAAGUGGAACCACGGACUGACAGGGAAGAGUUUUCACUGCAAAGUUUUCAACUGUUAAAACAUUUCUUUGGUCCAACGACUGGGAGGGAAAAACACAAUACUAAAAUCUCGGAAGGGUCAGGCCAAUGUUGUCAAGUUUAUCAUAGGCCGUAGAAAAAAUCGCUCCAAACGCUGUAGAUUAUGGUUUUCUUCCACUUUAAAGAAUAAAUAUAUGUAUUCUCUUGUUGCUUAAACGCCAUUUGGGUCCAUCAGCGAGUGUAUCUUCCAAAUGUUAGAGUAGUUUACACAAUAGGGUUGUAGAAUUCUUAGGACUAACGCUUCUUUUGCGGCCUUUCUUCAGCUUUGUGAGGACAUGUGAACUGCUCAUCUGGUCUGCACUUGAAAAAACGGAAUUAAAGGAAUGGAAAUCCGUCACCAAAAAUACAACUGUAUUUGUAAAUGUCCUGUUUUGUAUUUUUCUCAUUGUGACCGUCAUCAUGCUGGUCAAUGUGCUGGUGGCCUUGCUGACAAAAACAUACGACAAUAUAACGGUGAUUUAGAUACUAAUAUCACAGAAAGAGUAGUAGUUAAGUAAGUUAGCGCUUUAUAUAGGGCUUGCUUAAUACAGUGUUUGCGUAUAACCACCCGCAGUCGGAAUCCUUCUGCGGGAACAGCAGAGCCGGGGGAGAUGAGGGUGCUUUAGCCUCCCCCCCUCCCCCAAUUUGUUUCCGCCAAAAGAAAGAUUUACCGAGAGAGGUAAGUCUCCUCUGCUCACUAGUCAGCCAUCUCUCCCAGCCUCUUCAAAAAUCUUCCUCCAUUCCUUUUUAGGUUUUUGUUUCCUUGCACAAAUUAGGGCUUUGGUUACCGAAACUACGCUGGGAUUACUCACUUUAAAUAAGAAAGACAAAAGAAAGCUGAUUUCAGUGGACGUUGCCGUAAAAUGAAGCCAUCUUGAAAGUGACCUACUUUAGCAGCUGUAAAAUCCGCACAUUUUAACAACAACGACCAAAAAUAAAAAUACGAAUGGGCAUUGAAGUAGGACUACAAUCUUAAAACAAAGAGCAUAAAAUGUAAAUUAUCAGACAGAAGAUACCCUUUUCUUUAGAUCAUACACUCUCCUCUAUCUGCAUAAUUCUUCAUUUCACACUUAGCACUGUAUGACAUAUACUUAGGUUACGUUUGAUUGGAAAAUCCGGAUUAGAUUUUGAAAUCCGGAUUUUGCAAUCGAACGCGAAAUCCAAAAACAGAUUUCACCUCCGAGAAAUCUGUCCUCAGGGUGCAUUUCAAUUAAGGAAUCCAAAUCCGUUAGAUUGGGAAAUCCGAAAAAGGAUUUGCAAAACUGUUCUCGUGAACAGCGGUCAUCUUUUUGCUAAUUAUGCGUGCGCGUGCAAACAGCUGUUGUUAAGGACAGUUUUUCAAAUACUUUUUCGGAUUUCCCAAUCGAACGGUAAAAAUAAAAAUCCAAAAACAGAAAACUCAGCGUUGAAAUCCGUCUUCGGAUUUCGCGUUCGAUUGCAAAUCCGUAAUCGGGAUUUUAAAAUCUAAGUCCAGAUUUUCCAAUUGAACGCACCCUUAUUGUUAAUCAUCCUUUGCCCUCUCUUGUCUUAACUAGAAUACCGUAAAUGAUCUAAUAAACACCUACUCUCAAAUAAAGGCCUCUUAUCUAAUAAACGCCCCCCUUACGCUGUUAAUUUUGUGUUAAACGCCCCUCUCUAAUAAACGCCCCCUGUCUAAUAAAUGCCCCCCCCCCCGGUGAAAAUUGCCCCAAAAUACUAAGAAAUGGCGAAAUAGAGCAAAAUAAAUCAAUUUAUUAAUUUCAUUUCCUGAUUAACAUCGGUUUGUGUAUUAUGUCAUAUUCAAUUUCAAGUUUAAAGUAAGGAUA